GAAAUGAAAGCCAUUUGAAUACAUGGUGUUGUCAAAGAAAAAUUCGGUUGUAGGGAAAAAGCUGAGAAAUGGGAAGUGAGAAAGCAGAAAGUUCGUGCGCGUCGCCAUGGCUGAAAAUCUCGAAGGAAGUUGACCCUGCAGUUGCCUCUGCGGCCUUGCGCUUCGUUGAUCGCAUGGGAGCUUCCACCGCCAUUCCCCCUAAGUGGGAGGCGCGUGGCUCCUACGACCCCUUCUUUCGGAACUUCUUCAAAAUCCUUCACAUCCAACCAGGACGAAUUUCGAUCUCCGUUCACGUCAAACCUCCCAUCUGUAAUACCUUUGGAACUCUGCAUGGGGGUUCUGUUGGGACUUUGACUGAGAUUCUGUCAACUGCUUGUGCUAGAACGGUAGUUCCUGAGGAUAAAGAACUUUUUCUUGGGGAAAUUAGCAUUUCUUACAUGUCUGCCACUCCAGCAAAUGUCACAGUUUUGUCCUUGAUUUUCCUUGCAUCGUUUGGUCCGAUCGGGCGUCAUCUGCAGAAGAUACUCUGACGUUCAACUCAGUGUUUGUUUGGGUAAUUUAGCAAUAAAUGCGCAGGAAAAUAACCAACUACCUGAAUAUCAAACCUGUAUUUAUAAACUUUUGUGACGAACUUAUUAUUAGAACUGUUCCAAUUACGGCUCAUGCACUCAUAACUUGAUCUAGAAUUAACCUAAUUAUUUUUUAUAGUUAAUCUUGUUUAUAGUCCGACCGAUGACUAUUCCAGUCGUUUUGUUGUUGAAUGGUCAACAAUUUAGUUUAUAAAUGACCGGACAGGCAUACGAUACACAUUAGAUAUUAAGGUUCUUGGAUUGCCCUUGAGUUUGAGAUAUUAUUUUUGGAUGAAGAUCCUAUGUAGUGCACGGUUCGGCUUAGACGUGAACCAAUUAGAAAUCAAAUUUAAAUUUUGAUUGAAAAGAUAAAAAGUGCUUGGAUAACAAACUUCAAUUUUUUUAUAACUUAUAAAUCAAUAACGCCUUGGUUGUUUUCAAUAGUAAUUGCCACCUGCACUUUACUUUCGAGUGCGCUUUGCACUUUAAAGCAUUCAAAUCCUUCAAUAUCAUUUACUACUCAUGUCACAUGAUGCUUCUCUGGCCAACUUUGUCAUCUAUUUAUACUGUGCCAUUUUCAUGUUCAUAAGCCAUCUUCAUGCUUGAAUCCUUUGAUUAAUGUAU